AUGCAUCAUCACCAGAAUCUUGGCGAAGCAAAUGCCAUGACGGGAAUGCUACCACCACACUACGAAACAAUGGCUGCUCUAUAUGAGCCGCCUAAACCAAGGUUUGUCUUUAAGAUGCCGCGCGUUGUACCCGACCAGAAGUCCAAAUUUGACAGCGAUGAGCUGUUCCGUCGACUGGGCCGCGAAAGCGAGAUACGCUACACUGGCUACCGAAAGCGUGCAAUGGACGAGCGGAAGAUACGCUUUGCCAACGAUUGCCGCGAAGGCUACACUGAAAUCUCAUUUGUGGCUACGGGCACAAAUAUCCAGUUGUACUUCAACUCCAAUCAUAAUCCAUAUGUGCACGAGGCAGAGUGUAAUUUUGAAAAGGAACGUGGCAAGGUGUAUCUUCAAUCUAAUUUUAUAAUGAAUGGCGUUUGUGUGCACUUUCGUGGCUGGCUUGAUAUGGAUCGUUUGGACGGAGUGGGCUGCCUGGAGUACGAUGAACAGCGGGCCCUACAAGAGGAUGCCCAACUUCGGCAACAGAUCGAAAGCUAUAAUCAACGGAUGGUUGAAUCGAAACGCAUGUACGCACACACUCCCCCCGAAGAUAUCAUUCACCAUACUAAGCCUGGUGGUGGUGCGUCGACGAUGCGGUGGUAA